GGGGGCACCACAUGGGCGGUUGUGUCAGAGCAAGCAAGAACACCAGGAAGAUGGACAUCGUUCCCCAAGCUAGUCUAUGUGGGACUCCAACUAUGUGAACUCUGGUGUAAGAGAAGGUCUGGGUCGGUCAUUGCAGGAUGACAGUUUUCACCAAGACCAGGACAACAGCAACAGAAGCUGAAGGCUGGUUUUUAGCACUGCAGUAUCAAUAAUAAUACUCUCUGAAGACCCAGGGAGUUUGGAACCGUGGAACAAUUCACCGAAGGUAGCAGGAGGCAUGAAGACCAGGAAAGAAUGAAAGGAAGAUCAUAAAAUGAGACAUAUCUGCAAGAAGAGAAACUGCCAAUAUUAGGAUGGAUAUCAGUAUAACCCAGCCUGCAGAGGUUGCAGGGGUCAACAUUUCCACUCUCCUGACAUCCUCCUGCAGUAUUGACGAGUCCUAUAAAUACAUCUUCCUCCCUCUAUGUUACUCUUUCACCUUCAUCUUUAGUCUCUCCCUCAACUCGGUGGUUCUCCAUCGGUCCUUCUGCCACACCAGACGCUGGAAUACCUCACUCAUCUACAUGGUCAACCUAGCCUCCACAGACCUGAUGUAUGGGCUAUCACUGCCGUUCCUGGUGGCCAGCUACAUCAUGCGGGACCGCUGGGUCUUUGGGGACUUCAUGUGCCGCCUUGUGCGCUUCCUCUUCUAUUUCAACCUGUACUGCAGCAUCUUCUUCCUCACCUGCAUCUCCGUUCAUCGCUACCUGGGUAUUUGCCACCCAAUGAGGAUUGUCACCAUGGAGAGCAAGCGGGCGGUUAAAGGUACCUGUGCCAUAGUCUGGGCUGUGGUCUUCGUCCUGACCAGUCCAAUCUUCCGCUUUGCACAAACAGGGUAUGUUGUUCGGGCAGGCCAAGGGAACCAGGGAGCGGUCAACGCCGGGGAGCCAGAAACCUUCCUGAAUUGUUGGGAUGAUGCCAUCGAUGAGGAAUUCUCUGAGUAUGUCCCUUAUGGGAUCAUCCUUCAUGUGCUUGGCUUCUUUAUCCCCUUUGUUGUCAUUGCUUGGUGCUAUUCACAUGUGGUCCUGACAAUAUUUCGGACCUUGCACCAGACUCCCCAGGUAGAACAAGGUGUAGCUGGAAUCGAGAGCAAUGGGAGACAGGAAAGGAUGUCUGUGGCUGCUGGAAAGUCCCCCUAUGUGCACCGCCGGCGCAAAUCUAUCAAAACUAUUGUCACCAUCACCAUUCUGUUUUCUUUGUGCUUCCUGCCUUUCCAUAUCACCCGAACACUCUUCCUGGUGCUUAAGGAGCUAAAGAAUGUCCAUUGCUACAACAUGCGUAUGGUGUCCAUCUGCUACAAGGUCACUCGGCCACUGGCGUCUUUUAAUGCCUGGCUCAAUGCUCUGCUAUACUUCCUCACCAAAGACAAGGGGCCUCCCUGCUGUCCACGCCCGGACCCCAGUCACCACCGCGACCUCCUCUGGCCUCUGAGGACACUAGGAAGAACAGGGGAUGGGGAUGAGGUUGGAGGAGCUGAACCAAUACCAGACAAGGAGAACGAGUCCAAGUCUACCCGUAUUUGCUUGGAGGAAUUUGAAGGAAAACAGUGAGAGUGUCUGGCUGUUGGCUGCACAUUGGAUACAAGGCUACCUGUGCAGAAGAGUCAUGAGGAAUUCCAAUAACUUUUCAAAUAAUUGCUCAGUGGUUGGCACUCAUUUCAAAAUGUGCGAUUUAAAUGGUCAGUCUAAGAGCCACAAACACUUGAUGUUGAGGCAUCUUGGAAUCCCAAUGACUAAAUACAAUGGUCACUAUACAUGGCCCAGGCAUUGGUGAAAUCUGACAACAUUAAGUAGAUAUGGGGUGACAACCUCUCCAUUUGGACAGUUCUUUGAAUAACUUCAUGCCAUGCACUAAACUCCUUUUGAAUUUCCUUAUGGCGUAAAGCACUUUCUUGAAUCUUAAUCCAACCCUGUACUCUGUUUCUUUUCUGGCUGCUGUUGAGAUUUGGUAUAAAAUAAAUAAUUACCUCCUG